AUUGUGGGAACAGAAACAGCAGCUCCUCCCCACGUGUGGCCAUGUCUGUGUGAAGCUCUACAGCCAAGCAACAUGGCAGCAUUCGCAGACAGCCACCUCACCUAAAGUGAACGUGAAUGAAAUAAAGAGAGGAACGGUCAAAUGGGCAGGUUGGGUCCCCAGAGGUCUGCUGCUCUUCUUUGACGUCUCUCCCAGACCUCUCCCCUCACUAUGGCCAGUGAGGAGGACGAUGACCCCAUCAUACAAGAGAUUGAUGUAUACCUAGCUAAAAGCCUUGCGGACAAGCUAUAUCUGUUCCAGUAUCCAGUACGCCCUUCCUCUAUGACCUAUGAUGAUGUCACUCAUUUAUCUGCCAAGAUCAAGCCCAAGCAGCAGAAGGUGGAGUUGGAGAUGGCCAUUAACACUCUGAGUCCUAACUACUGUCGAAGUAAAGGAGAGCAGAUCGCCCUCAACGUGGACGGAACCACCUCAGAGGACUCCAACACCUACUCUGUGAAGAUGAUGGACAAACAGACGUUCACAUCCAUCCAGUCCACAACCAACACCUCCAGAUACGCUGCUGCUGUCUUCAGGAAAGGGGAGCUCCACAUCACACCGCUGCAGGGUAUCCUUCAGAUGCGACCCAGCUUCUCCUAUCUGGAUAAGGCUGACGGCAAACACAGAGAGCGGGAGGCCGCUAACGAAGGGGGAGACUCUUCUCAGGAUGAGGUGGAGGAAGACGUCAAGGCUGUCACUGUGAGGUUUUCCCGUCCUGAGUCGGACCAGGCUCGUCAGCGGCGUAUCCAGUCGUACGACUUCCUUCAGAAGAAACAGGCAGAGGAGCCCUGGGUCUACCUGCACUACCACGGCCUCAACGAUGGCCGUUCGGACCACGAGAGGCAAUACCUGUACUGCCAGGCCAUGGGAGGCUCCGAGAACACAGAACUGGUAAAAACACCAAAGGAGUACCUGGCAAUGCUCAUGCCCCCUAUCACAGAGGAGAAGAUUGUGAGGCCCGUAGGUCCCAGUAACGUGCUGUCCAUGGCCCAGCUCCGGACCCUGCCGCUAGGUGACCAGGUCAAAACCCUGUUGAAGAACGUCAAAGUGAUACCGUUUGCCAACCUGAUGGGUUUGUUGACCCCUGGGACAGACUCUACUGCAGUGCUGCGCUGCAUCCAGCAGGUGGCACUACUGGUGCAGGGCAACUGGGUGGUCAAGAGUGACGUGCUGUAUCCUAAGAACAGCUGUAGUCCCCACAGUGGUGUGCCUGCUGAGGUGCUGUGUCGAGGAAGAGACUUUGUGAUGUGGAGAUUCACUCAGGAGCGCUCAGUGAUGAGGAAGGAGAUCACAGCCAUCAUCAAGCUCCUGCCGGAGGAUGUGAAGGACUUCUUGGAACACAUGGCGGUGCCUCGUAUAAACCGUGGCUGGGAGUUCCUGUUGCCAAGCGACAGUGACUUCAUCAAAAAGCACCCUGACGUGGCCCAGCGGCAGCACAUGCUGUGGAUUGGGAUACAGAGCAAAUUGGAGAAGGUCUUCAACUUCUCUAAGGAGGACGUGGUAUCCAAAAAGGACCCACAAACAGAAGCUAUGCACGUGAGUGGCGAGCAGCGUCUGAAGGCAGCCCAAGAGCGUGCACGACAGAACCAGCCCUCUCUUCAGAAGGACCUGAGCGCUCGUCGACAGGGAAAGGGUGGAGCCGGACCGAGCGGUGAAGCCGGGGUCAGAGUCAAAGAGGAACCUGUCAGCGACGGUGAAGACGAACCCAUGGACACAUCCUCCUCCGCUCUCCCUAACGGGUUGGUAAACGGUUACCCAUCCGCCGCCACUUCCGCUGCCUUGAAUCCUCAUAACGGGCACGGCGGGACUCCCACGCCCUCACCGUCACCUGAGCUGAGGGACUUUGUGUGGAACAUGUUCAGGAAGCAGCAUGUACUGACGCUGAGCGAAGUCAAGAGGCUGUUCAACCUCCACCUGGCCUCCCUGCCUCCCGGAGACAGCCUGUUCCACUCCAUCUCAGACCGCCUACUACAGGAUACUAUACUGAUGAGCCACUGCAAACAGAUACUGGUGCCUUUUCCAGCCCAGAGCACAGCAGCUGCUGAUGAGCAGAAGGUGUUUGCUGUGUGGGAGACAGGAGAGACCUUUGACAAGCAUCGUCAGGUCCUGUAUGAGAUCUUCAUGAAGAACUACCGGGUGAGGAGGAACGUGAUCCAGACCAGGCUGACGCAGGAGAUGGGAGACCAGGUUACCAAGGAUGAUGUGGACCGCCUGCUUAAGGAGUGCUGUGUGAGCUUUGGAGGGAUGUGGUACCUCAAGGGUACCCUACAGUCCUGACAAUGUUGAGGACACGCCCCUGUGGCCACCAUCAACCAACCAAACCCACUCCCCCAGAGCCUAGUGGGAGGGCUCUGUACGGGGAGGCGGGACAGCCAGACACACAAACCAAUUGUAGCCCUCCUGCCCCCAGCUCUCCGGACUGGGAUUGGAGGACUGAGAUGUCCGUCAUCUGCUCCGGUCAGAACAUGACACUUGUUGUAAAUGCAGCUAAAGAAGUAACUUCUAAGCUCGGCCCAAACGGAGCCGAUCUGUUGGACAGAAGACCUUCCAUAUUCACGCUAAGGGCUGGAGCAGGAGCAGAGGAGAUGUAUAUGACCGAGACAAUACUGAAAAAAUUGGAGGUGAUGUACAAUGCCAUUAUUUCCCAAUCUUUUUCUCUAGUACCCCCCAGAACUGCUCAUUUUUGCUCUAGCCCAGAACCGGUACACUUGAUCCAACUAAUGUAGGUGGGCUGGUUCAGGGUCUGAGCACAAAUGUGCAGUCCUGGAGGUACUCGAGGAAUGGAUCGGGGAACACUGUACCAAACGUUUUGAGAAUGACAAACAUGUUCAUUUUCACAAAGUCUGCUGCCUCAUUUUGUAUCGUGGCAAUUUGCAUAUAUUCCAGAAUGUUAUGAAGAGUGAUCAGAUGAAUUGCAAUUAAUUGCAAAGUCCCUCUUUGCCAUGCAAAUGAACUGCACCUAAAUCAACCAUUUAUCGGAUCAUAAAGAACUUCGAGGAGAGCGGUUCAAUUGUUAAGGCUUCAGGGCGCCCAAGGAAGUCCAGCAAGCGCCAGGACCGUCUCCUAAAGUUGAUUCAGCUGCGGGACCGGGCCACCACCAGUACAGAGCUUGCUCAGGAAUGGCAGCAGGCAGGUGUGAGUGCAUCUGCACACACAGUGAGGUGAAGACUUCUGGAGGAUGGCCUGGUGUCAAGAAGGGCAGCAAAGAAGCCACUUCUCUCCAGGAAAAACAUCAGGGAUAGACGGAUAUUCUGCAAAAGGUACAGGGACUGGACUGCUGAGGACUGGGGUAAAGUCAUUGUCUCUGAUGAAUCCCCUUUCUGAUUGUUUGGAGCAUCCGGAAAAAAAAUUGUCCGGAGAAGACAAGGUGAGCGCUACCAUCAGUCCUGUGUCAUGCCAACAGUAAAACAUCCUGAGGCCAUUCAUGUGUGGUGUUGCUUCUCAGCCAAGGGAGUGGGCUCUCACAAUUUUGCCUAAGAACACAGCCAUGAAUAAAGAAUGGUACCAACACAUCCUCCGGGAGCACCUUCUCCCAACCAUCCAGGAACAGUUUGGUGAUGAUCAAUGUCUUUUCCAGCAUGAUGGAGCACCUUACCAUAAGGCAAAAGUGAUAACUAAGUUGCUCGGGGAAAAAAACAUCAAUAUUUUGGGUCCAUGGCCAGGAAACUCCCCAGACCUUAAUCCCAUUGAGAACUUGUGGUCAAUCCUCAAGAGGCGGGUGGACAAACAAACAAAAAACAAAAUCUGACAAACUCCAAGCAUUGACUAUGCAAGAAUGGGCUGCCAUCAGUCAGGAUGUGGCCCAGAAGUUAAUUGACAGCAUGCCAGGGCGGAUUGCAGAGGUCUUGAAAAAGAAGGGUCAACACUGCAAAUAUUGACUCUUUGCGUCAACUUGAUGUAAUUGUCAAUAAAGGCCUUAGACACUUAUGAAAUGCCUGUAAUUAUACUUCAUUAUUCCAUAGUAACAUCUGACAAAAAUAUCUAAAGACACUGAAGCAGCAAACUUUGUGGAAAUUAAUAUUUGUGUCAUUCUCAACUUUUGGCCACGACUGUACUAUGCCAUUGAGAAAUUAGACAAUUUUGAUAGUGAUCCUUAAUGAUUUUGUUUUUGAAUUAUUAAGCAAAUCAAAUUGUAUUUGUCACAUGCUUCAAAUACAACAACACCUUACAGUGAAAUGCUUACUUACAAGCCGUUAACCACCAAUGCAGUUAAAAAAAAUACCUAAAAAAUGUAAUUAAAUGGAAGUAUUUUACUAGACGGAGGGUGGUGUCUGCUAAGGAAACAAGUGAAUGCAGUUCAUAGUCCAAUUGUUUUAAUUUUUUCUCUCCACAAUUUCGAUCUUGUCUCAUCGCUGCAACUCUCCAGCGGGCUUGGGAGGUGAAGGUCGAGUCAUGCGUCCUCCGAAACAUGACCUGCCAAUCUGCGCUUCUUAAAUUACAGGUCGUAGAAACAUGUCAAACUAAGUAUAGAAAUAAUCUUUAGGAUGUUAUCAUAAAUCUUCAAUACGGUUCCAACAGGAGAAUUCCAUUGUCUGUAGAAAAGCACUGGAACACAGGUCGCUAUCAUGUGAAAUGCGCGUGACCAGGACCUGGCGCUCUGCCAGACCACUGACUCAAAGAGCUCUCAUCCGGCCCAUCACCAGUAGAAGCCUCAUUCAAGUUUCUAAAGACGGUUGACAUCUAGUGGAAGCCUUAGGAAGUGCAACAUAACCAAUAUCCCACUGUGUUCAAUAGGGGCUGUGUUGAAUAUUGACCAACCUCAGAUUUCCCACUUCCUGUUUAGAAAGGUUUUUGCCUGCCAUAUGAGUUAUGUUAUACUCCGACAUCAUUCAAACAGUUUUAGAAACUUCAGAGUGUUUUCUAUCCAAUACUAAUAAUAAUAUGCAUAUAUUAGCAACUGGGACUGAGGAGCAGGCCGUCUACUCUGGGCACCCCUGGGCACCUUUCAUCCAAGCUACUCAAUACUGCCCCUGCAGCCAUAAGAAGUUAACACCCGCCCGCUUAACCCGGAAACCAGCUGCACCACUGUGUCGGAGGAAACACAGUUCAACUGCCGACAGAGGUCAGCCUGCAGGCGCCCGGCCCGCCAUAAGUAGUCGCUAGAGCACGAUAAGCCUAGUAAAGCCCCCCUGUCCUAACCCGGACUACGCUGGACCAAUUGUGCACGCCCUAUGGGACUCCCUAUCCCGGCCGGUUGUGAUACAGCCCAGGCUUGAACCCGGGUCUGUGGUGACACCGCUAGCACUGUGAUACAGUGCCUUGUACCGCUGCGUCACUCGGGAGGCCCAGUCCAAUGAUUUUGACCUGGUAGUGGCCUUUAAAAAAAAAAAAAACAUUGGUCAUUUUACUAUUCGCCUCCCCGGAGUUUAACCUCUAGUGACUCCCCAUCCCGCAUGAGGGAGCGUAAUCAUCGACUGGCACUAAUUAGCAUAACGCAACGGACAUAAAUAUUCCUAGAAAAUAUUCCUAUUCAUGAAAAUCACAAGUGAAAUAUAUUGAGACACAGCUUAGCCUUUUGUUAAUCACCCUGCCAUCUCAAAUUGUCAAAAUAUGCUUUACAGCCAAAGCUAGACAAGCAUUUGUGUAAGUUUAUCGAUAGCCUAAGCAUAGCAUUUUGUCCAGCUAGCAGCAGGUAACUUGGUCACGGAAAUCAGAAAAGCAAUCAAAUGAAAUCGUUUACCUUUGAGCUUCGGAUGUUUUCACUCACGAGACUCCCAGUUAGAUAGCCAAUGUUCCUUUUUUCCAAAAUAUUAUUUUUGUAGGCGAAAUAGCUCCGUUUGUUCUUCACGUUUGGCUGAGAAAUCGCCCGGAAAUUGCAGUCACGAAAACUCUGAAAAAUAUUCCAAAUUAGCUCCAUAAUAUCGACAAACAUGGCAAACGUUGUUUAUAAUCAAUCCUCAAGGUGUUUUUCAAAUAUCUAUUCGAUAAUAUAUCCACCGGGACAAUUGUUUUUUCAGUAGGACCGAUUAGAAUAAUGGCUACCUCUGUAUUUUACACGAGAAUCACUCUGAGAGCAUCAGGUGACCACUUGCACAAUGUAGCCACUUACGGGUAUUCUUCAACAUAAAUGCGUAAAACUACGUCACAACAAUGUAGACACCUUGGGGAAUACGGAGAAAAAGUAAUCUGGUUGAUAGCCCAUUCACUGCUCAAUAGGGACGCAUUGGAACGCAGCGCUUUCAAAACGAGGCACUUCCGGAUUGGAUUUUUCUCAGGCUUUCGCCUGCAAUAUCAGUUCUGUUAUACUCACAGACAAUAUUUUUACAGUUUUGGAAACUUUAGUGUUUUCUAUCCUAAGCUGUCAAUUAUAUGCAUAUUCUAGAAUCUUGUCCUGACAAAAUAUCCUGUUUACUACGGGAACGUUAUUUUUCCAAAAAUGAAAAUACUGCCCUCUAGUCACAAUUAAGGCCUUUUAACUAGGGUAGCCCAUUGCCAGUCUUGAGUUUUAAAAUUCUCGUUACUCUUUUCUUGACUUUUAAUUUAGGGAGAGUGGAGGAAUUAUAACUUUGGUUAGAUAUUCACUCCCCCGUCACUGAUACAGACCAUACAGAGGACAGCCCAGCAUCGUGUUGAGGGUUGUAGACGGGUUGGCUGACAUCGCGAAAAUGAUGUGCGCAUCGAUGUGGCUGGAAGGCGUAAGUUGUUAUGAUUCUGAACGGUCAGAUAGCUAGCAACAAUGACAAGUUGCAAUGUGGGUGGCUCGUUUCAGCUUGUAACUUGUUAACCCUUUGACCACAUACAAUCACUUAUUGGUGAUCAAUAUUGAGUGGUCCCUGCAGCGUACGAUCUCAAAUACGUGAUUGGAACAGUAGCAACAUAACGUAUGACGCAACAAACAUCUAAACACCAUUUUUUGUACUGAUGGAAAGUAAAGGUCUUAAAAGGUCAAAUGGAGGAUUAAAGUUUAUUGAGAUAAAAGCGAACUUCGUCAUCCAAGCAUCACACGGAACACAUCCACAGCUCAAACUCAUUCAAUAAACCAGUCUAACACAAGUUGGCGACCUAACAGCUAGACUAGUUUACAAUAUACCACAUCUCUGGCGAGCACAAAAGACGAAUGUAAUGUUUAGAAAAUAAAUGCGUGUCAGCUAAGCUAAAAGCAUCUACAUUCUUUAUGAUGGCAGCCAUGUUUUUUUAAACAUUUUGCGAGAACUCCCUUAUCCCAGAAGGCGACUUCACUAUAAUGCCGCAUUCAAAACUGGGAAAUUGGAAAUCUCCGACUUCAGUGUAUUGAAAACCACUGGGAACUCGGAAAAAUAAUGAGCUCCGACUGGUGAAAAUUAGAUUUGAACACCGUACAACUCGGUGCCUCUUUCUAAAGCUCUCACUUUCCGACGUGAAGGUCAUGAUUUUACCUUGUAUUUUUCAGAGUUCCAAGUUGUUUUGAACGCGGCAUAAGACGCAAAUAAACAAAGUCAAAUAUGGUUGCACCCUUUGCCCAGAAAAUAUUAUGUUAGUUUGGCCACUAAUCAGCACAUUACAAAUCUGCAUGAGCUUGUUAACCGGGGAACAUGACAAGUUUACAGUUUUUGACCAAUCACAAAGCAAAAAAAAAUGUUAUCGCCUCAUAGAUCACCCAAAUACAAGCCUACUGCCUAGCCGUAGCAUGAACAGGGCUGACAGAUUUGGUUGAAACCAUUUUAGUGGAGUUCGAGUGGCGUUCAUUUAAUUUGUGGGGGGUUUCAGUGCAUGGGGGAAGGUAUCGUGGGGGGAUAUGAUGGAGGAAAUAUUACUAUGAUGGGGUUUAUCAAUAAAUGGGGGGCAAACACAGUUUAUAAACUAUAAAUAUACUGUGUACUUAGUAAUACUUGAAGUUCAUAUAAAUGCAACCAAGUUUUGGAAGGAGAAUGAUAACUGACCCACAACAUUCAUCCCCUUAGAUGGCACCAAAGCUUAAUCCUGUCUAGCUCCAUAGUUUACAAUAACCCAUUAUAUCUACAUCCUCGCUUCACUCAUGCUACGUUUUUCUGCCUACAACAUAGCUGAUUAGACUUACGCACCAUUCAAUCUGAUCGCCUGCACAAACUACCUCACUUUGUUGCUUACAUGACUUUGUCCACCACCCUGUUCUCAUUGUCCUCGACCAGGCUAAAACCUAUCCAAGCCAUAAUAUUCAGCGCAUUUGAGAAAUAUCUUCCUCGCUUGGUGACGAGGCAGGCCUCUGUAGGCUACAUGUCCAGUGGUGAUAAUACGUUGACAUGGUGAUGAAAUGUAGCCAACCUUAUAGCCUAGUUUUUUUCCAGGGGAGAAUAAAUUUGUCAUUUUUAAAAACUAAGAAAAAGUAUUUAGGAUGCCAGCCUUUCCCGGCCUUAGACAUGUUCUGCAUAUGUGCUAUAUAUGCUCAUACCACGCUCUCACUUGUUGUAUGCCGCUAUUGUAUCAAAUACACCGGAUUUAGUGCCUCAGGAUUCCCGCCCUAUCUCACACGCAGCCCCCAUACAGGCUAAUACCAAAGCCCUUUUCAGAUAAUAAUACAUGUAAUAUACAUAAUGUAAUUUAUAAUACUAUAGAUACUCACUGCUACUAUUAUAGGAAUAAUGUUUUAUAAAGCCUCAUAUGAAGCAGACAUUGCGGUAUUGAUACAAUGCGAGAAUUGUAGAGAAUAGCGACAAAAUGCAACAAUCAAAUUCUCCCAACAGCAGGAUAGAAUUCUGGUACCGUGUGCUAAAAACUCACUCUGUAAGGCCCGUGUAUUAAUAUUUAGAACUUACGUGUCAAAAGGUUAAUGAUGCCAUGUCGUGUUUUGACUAAUGUCAUUUCUAUGCUAUUAUGGCAAAAAUUCACACGCUAGCUAACCAACAACUCUAAUGGUGUAUUUGAGGAGACAAGUGCUCAUUGUGCAAAUGUAUUUGUUUUCAAUAAACAUUUGGAGAAUAUAAUUGACAUGUCAACAGUCUAAGGGCUAAACCCCCCCCCCCCCCCAUAGUUGCGCACAUGUUGGUUUUGUUCCGAAACAAUUAGUCUAGAAAACUGAUUGUUGUACAGCAAUCAAUUAAUAGUUGGAUCAACAUGAGUAGAUAGACACAUUAAACUACUGUUGUGAGUAAACUAAAAGAGUGGAGUGUGCCGAGGACUGAGGUGAAUUAUAAUACAGGAGUGAAUUGGUGUUGAAGUUAUUGCAAUUUACAACCAAAUACUGUCUGAAUAAAACGUACAUGUUUUUAUUUAACCUUUUAUUUAACUAGGCAAGUCAGUUAAGAACAAAUUGUUAUUUACAAUGACAGCCUACCCCGGCCAAACCCCUUUGAGGCUGGGCCAAUUGUGGGCCAAUUGUGCACCGCCCUAUGGGACUCCCAAUCACAGCUGGAUGUGACGCAGCCUGGUAGCAAAUCGUUUAAACUGUGGAGGUGAAUGUUACUUUGAAAGAAACUUAAACAAAUUAAUUUUAUAUUCGAUAGACAUAUUUCAAAACUGGACAGUUAUGCACGUGGUAGUGGAUCCUCGUGGAAAAUGUGAAUAAAAACAAUUGAAUGUCGAUUGGUUUGCUAUUAUUUAAUGGUUAGAGUUUUGAGAAGAAAAGAGGAUUGGUGAUGUCUGGGAGAUGAGUGGAUUUAAUUGUUGGCGCAUUCAAAGGAAGCUAACAGAGUACAUGUUAAAAUAUCUGCCAGCAUUGUUUGGACCUGGUAUGAUUUGGUUAAGAUAUGCUUACUGCUGUGUCGCUCCUUGCUCCCAUCUUAGGUCUCUAUAUAAGUGCCUCCGCAGACAUUCAGGACAAAAUAAGUAAUCACUGAUAUUAAUAUAAGAGGUCAAAUUAGACAAAGUUGUAUGUUUUUCUGACUGUAGAUGCUUUUGUUGAUGUUGAAAAUAGCUAUCUGGCAUUUCAUGAAGACUUGCACAAUCAGUGCAACCGUCUGAAGCAUUCCACAACUUUCUGUCCAUGCAAUAUUCAGGUUGUUCAGGUGUAUUAAUUUGAUCAAUGAUCUGAAUAGGCUGUUGGUUGUUUUUCCAUUGGUAUGUUCUUUUGCUCAAUAAAAAUUGCAAUAAUGGAAAGCC